CAAGUCGAACAAGAAACGGAAGCGCAGCAUGAGAAGAAAAAAGAGGUGUUCUGUGUAUGAAGUUAGUUGGUUAACGUUAACUUACCUCUGAAGAAAGAAGUGAAAGCGGUGUGGAAGCCGAGGGAAGCAUUUCUUCCGUCGACACUCCGAAAUUAGAGAGUCCUCCUGGACUAAGACGUCACUUUCUCUGAGAGCAGGAACAAAGUGUCAGCCAGGAUGGAUCCAGCGCUUCUGAGGGAGAGGGAGCUGUUCAAGAAAAGAGCUCUGUCAACCCCAGCUGUAGAGAAGAGACAGGCUGCCUCUGACUCUGGGUCACACAAGAAGAAGAAGCCCAAAGCUGACAAAGAGAGUUCCUCUGGGUCCAAACACAGCGCUGAGUCUAGUAAUGGCAACUUUAACAUCAAAACAAGCUCUGGGUACAAGUUUGGCUGCCUCGCCAAAAUAGUCAAUUAUAUGAAGACAAGGCAUCAGAAUGGUGAUACACACUUCCUGACCCUAGAAGAGAUUCUGGAUGAGACCAAACUUCUUGACAUCAGCAUGAAACAGAAACAGUGGCUCAUGACCGAGGCCUUGGUCAACAACCCGAAAAUUGACGUCCGGGAUGGGACGUACGGCUUCAAGCCCAAGUACAACCUGAAGGACAAGAAAGCCUUACUGAGGCUGCUGGACAAACACGACCAGCUGGGCCUGGGAGGGGUGCUGCUGGACGACGUAGAGGAGGGGCUGCCCAACUCAGCCAAGGCCAUCAAGGCUUUGGGGGAUCAAAUUAUCUUUGUGACAAGACCAGAUAAGAAGAAGAUCCUAUUCUACAAUGACAAGCACUGCCAGUUUAUGGUGGAUGAAGAAUUCCAGAAAUUGUGGAGGAGCGUUCCAGUUGAUUCCAUGGACGAAGAGAAGAUCGAGGAGUACCUGAAGAAACAAGGAAUCUCCUCCAUGCAAGAAACAGGACCAAAGAAAGUGUUACCAGUUCAAAAGAGGAAGAAGCAAGGUGGGCAGAGGAAGAGACACUUCAAGACUCACAACAACCAUUUGGCAGGCGUACUGGAGGACUAUUCAGACGGUCUUCCUGUAAAGAAGUGAGAUCCUCUCCCUCGCUGCUUCAUGCCCUCAGAGGAGUGAUGGAGAAUCUGUAAAUCAGACACGGCUGGAGACGGAGACCCUGGCCACACUACAAUACAGACUUUUUUAUGGCUGUCUGUUAUUUCAAACCUAGCUUCUUUUCCUUUCUUUGCACUCCUCUCAGUGAUCAGUGGUCUUGUAUUACAUGGAGUGAACAGCAACUGUGUUGUGGAAUCCUUUUUAAUUAGUUUAUUGAUCAGUGAUAACUGAAGGACACUGGAGGAAAAGGGUACUGAGACCAUUUAGGGACACUGAAUACCCUUACCAAAACCACCAUCCUUAAAGGGGAUGCUGCAUCUGAACUGUUAAAAUGUAAAUGAGGUUUAAGUGUGUAAAUACUUUUUUCUUCAUUUAAUUUAGUACAUCACAGAGGUGUGAGUGGAAGCUUUGAAUUUAAAGGGCAGCAGUCCUCACCUGAUGGCAACCUUCCAUUCUUGUAAUAGGAAUAGCAGAAGACAGGCUUGUGUUGUGCAGUGCAUCACAUUGAGGUCUCUCAUCCAGCAUGAAACAUCUUGGACCUUACUUCUUGUAAAAAUUUCUAAGUAUUUAAAGUUGUUUACUUUGCACCACUGUGGCAUAGUGGUUUAAAACUUUUUGAAUUUAUUUUAAUAAAUUACACUGUUACAGGA